CUUGACUACUUCCAUAGUGGGAGGGACACAAUUGCUUCUUUGUAAACGUGCGAUAGUGAGCGCUUUGAUUCUUUUCAUAGGUAAAGUGCUAUUUAUUUUGCUUCGAAUUAACAAUCAGGGCAGGCGAAAUAUUCAAGUCCAGUCUGAAACACGUUGCAGCCGCUUUAUUUAGUACAGUUUUUUUUUUAUUCAAAUAUACUCUUACGAGCAAAUUAUGGCAUGUACAACAUAUCUUAUACAGUCUGUAGCAUUCUCUGCGUGAAGUGUCUACACAGUAUGACAUCAGCUGGAAACACCAUGGACGACGAGGACACAUUCAAGAUCCUCAUUGCUACUGACAUUCACCUCGGUUAUCUAGAGAAGGAUGCCAUAAGAGGAAAUGACACGUUCGUAACCUUUGAUGAGAUCAUGAAACAAGCCGUGCAAAAUGAGGUGGGAAUGGAAUAAUGUGGACAUAUUUUUUGUGACUUUGUGGUGAUUUUGUAGUAAACAAUUUGUGAAAUGAUUACAUAAAUUUAUAAAAAUCCGUCCAAGAA